CUUAUCUGCAGACCCAGUGCUACUGGAACACAAUUUCUGUGAACUGUAUGAAGGAUCUGGUUUGGAGUGAUCUGUUUUAUUUAUUUUAAUAAAUGCAGCUAACCAUUCAGAAAUAUGGAGAAUUGCUACAUCAAUGGACGACCGCAAGUCUGAGAUUGAAAACUGGGAUUUGGAUGCUGGGAUUUACAUGUCGUUUUAUUUACUAAAGAGUUCACUGGAAGAAGAUGCUGAUACAAUGCUAGAACUGGAUUCCCCUGAAAGUAGAAACGAGUCGUGCAGAAGUUUUGUCGGUCGUUUAAACGAGUCGUUGGCUGUUUGGGGUGAUAGAUUACCAGUUGAAGCCAGAGUCGCAUACACAAAGAUGGCAGAGGAAAUCUGCGAGUUGCUUCUGUCAGGUCUGAGUGUGUAUCCUGAUAGAGAGUCACAGCUAAGGUGUUUUAUGACAGCUUUCAAAGCUCCAUUACCAGAAGAUGUAAGAUCAUCACAUCUGCAAGAUGCUGUCUCUCUCUUCUCCCUAUAUCUCUCAGAGACAGGCAACCAAACAUCAGCUUAGUGACCCAUUCAUUACUUAUUACUCUUUGGGGAGGAGGAGGGUCUUUGUGUUUACUACUGGUCAGUGGAAGAGAUUUAGUUGGGCUUUGUCGUCUGUAAGAACCAUGAAUGGUUUUGAUUUGGUCUUGUUGUUUUAGAAAAUUCACAAAUCUUAUUGUUACAAUAUCAGAUAAAAAAAAAGAUGUAAAAGGGAAAGUAUUUUCUUAAA